AUGUCUAACCAACAACACUUGACUUCUCCGUUUCUGGACGAUGCGGAAUUUAAUGAGGUGAACUUUAACGAUAGCUCUGAAACAGUUUCUCGGCAAAGGAAGCCGAGCAUAUUGAAAAGACAAGGGAACAAUGUCGGCAACGGCCGCCAGAGCCCUUCUGUUGCCUUCAACACCCCGAAGAUACAGUUUAGCGGUUCCUCGUACCAACCGGGUGACGAUGACAAUUCCGUGAGGUUGUCCGAGGACAGCCUUAGCAAGACUCCGGCCAUGAUGGAGGCGGCCACUUUUGAGAGAGACGACUCGAUAAAUCUGGGUGAUCUGGGUGAGAGCGAAGAUGUGGAUCUUCAGAGAAACCACACGGUGAUGAAACGUCACAGAUGGGGUACUCAGAGGAACAAAAAGGGAAAACCACUUGGCAGGCACAAGACUUUCAAGUGGAGAUCAAAUUCGAUCGGCCGCAACUUUCGCCAAUUCAGCACCAAUAACGAUCCAGAAUCUGACAGUGAGGACGAGGAAGCAAAAAGUGCCCGCGAGAAAUUCAGGACGGUGUACUGGAAUUUGCCACUUCCCCAGGAGAUGCUGAAUGAGAAGGGUGAACCUGUCUCCGUGUACGCUAGAAACAAGGUGAGAACGACCAAGUAUACUCCUCUGUCGUUUGUGCCCAAGAAUCUGAUGCUUCAGUUCAAGAACGUUGCCAAUGUGUAUUUCUUAGUGCUGAUCAUUCUGGGUGCGUUUUCGAUUUUCGGAGUUGCUUCUCCAGGUAUGGCUGCCGUUCCAUUGAUUGUGAUUGUCAUUCUGACGGCUUUCAAAGAUGCACUUGAAGACUCCAGACGUACCGUUCUGGAUAUGGAGGUUAACAACCAGGGAACCCACACUCUGGAGGGGAUCUACAACCCAAACACGCUUUCCGACAACGUUUCCGCGUGGAGAAAAUUUAAAAAGGCAAAUUCGAGGCUACUGUUCAAAUUCAUCCACUUGGUGAAAGGAGUUUCUACCAAAGAGGGUAGAGCCAAGAGACGCGAAGAGAAGCUUGGGAGAGGAAUUGAGUUAUCUUCUCGCAGAAAUUCCCUGGAUAGUUUUGAUGAUGCCGGAAGAACUUCUUUCCAACUCCAGGACAUGAAUAAUUUGGGAAGUGGUGGUUCUGGUUCCAGCACCACUGCCGUUGAUAACCCUUUCGAAGAAGAGGACCGCCAUGACACUAGAGUCAAACCUUUCAUUGGAAAGGCCAGUGCCAAGUCUGUUGGUGUCUCUUUCCAUAAGGAUUACUGGAAGAAUAUCAAGGUUGGUGACAUGGUGAAAGUUCAAAACAACGAGGAAGUGCCUGCAGAUAUCUUGAUUUUGGCCACCUCUGAUGCGGAUGGUGGAUGCUACGUUGAGACCAAGAACCUCGAUGGUGAGACUAAUUUGAAGGUCAGACAGGCCCUCAAGUGUUCAAGCACCUACGUGAAGCAUGCCUCUGAUCUGGCAAAGGCCAAGUUCUACGUGGAGAGUGAGGGCCCCCAUGCCAACAUGUAUUCUUACCAAGGAAAUCUGAAAUACUACGUGAAUGGCCAUGCAGAUCCAGAAAACAUGAGCAAUGAGCCCGUCACCAUUAACAACCUGCUUUUGCGUGGUGUCACCUUGAGAAACACAAAGUGGGCUAUUGGUAUCGUUCUGUUCACUGGAGCUGAGACCAAGAUCAUGCUCAAUGCCGGAGUCACUCCAACAAAACGUUCUCGGAUGACGAGAGAGUUGAACGUCGUUGUAUUCCUUAACUUCGUCUUGCUGUUUGCCCUCUGUUUGGCCGCCGGAUUGGUCAAUGGUAUAUACUACCAGUCAAAACACAAUUCUCGGCAGUACUACGAGUUUGGUACGAUUGCAGGGUCUCCAGCAGCUAAUGGUAUAGUGAGUUUUUUCGUGGCUGUUAUUCUGUACCAGUCGUUGGUUCCAAUUUCGCUGUACAUUUCUAUUGAGAUCAUCAAGACGGCUCAGGCUUUCUUUAUAUACUCUGAUGUGUUGAUGUACUUUGCAAAGCUGGACUAUCCGUGCACGCCGAAGUCAUGGAAUAUCUCGGAUGACCUGGGUCAAAUCGAGUACAUUUUCAGUGACAAAACAGGAACUUUGACUCAGAACGUGAUGGAAUUCAAAAAAUGUACCAUCAAUGGAGUUUCUUACGGUAGAGCAUAUACUGAAGCCUAUGCCGGUAUCAGGAAAAGACAGGGAAUCGACGUUGAAGAAGAGUCCUCCAGGGAACUCAAGGAGAUCGCGAAGGACAAGAUUGAGAUGUUUGAUCAGCUCAAGUCUAUCGCCAAAAACGACCAAUUGUACAUCGACGAAUUGACCUUCAUCUCUAAAGAGUUUGUCCAGGACUUAGGCGGAGCCAAGGGAGAUGCUCAGAAGAAAGCUGCUGAGCAUUUCAUGCUGGCUCUAGCAUUAUGCCAUUCAGUUAUCACUGAAAAAUCUGAGAAGCAACCAGGCAGGCUCGAGUUGAAAGCACAAUCCCCAGAUGAGGCCGCCCUGGUGGCCACAGCAAGAGACACUGGGUUUUCUUUUAUUGGUAGAACGAAGAAGGGAGUCAUUAUAGAUGUUCAAGGUGUCGAAAGAGAAUACCAAGUUUUGAACAUUCUCGAGUUCAAUUCUACCAGAAAGAGAAUGAGUGCAAUCAUUAAGAUUCCUCCGUCCACACCUGGUGGCGAGCCAUCUGCCUUGCUGAUCUGUAAGGGUGCCGACUCCAUUAUCUAUUCACGUUUGUCCGAAGAUAACGAUGAGGCAUUGACCGACAAAACCGCUGUUCAUCUCGAACAAUACGCAACCGAAGGUUUGAGAACCCUGUGUAUUGCUCAGAGAGAACUAACUUGGAGUGAGUACCAACGCUGGCAGAAGGCCCACGAGGCUGCAGCAGCCUCGCUGGUGGAUCGUGAAGGCAAAAUGGAAGAAGUCGCUGAUUCAAUUGAGCGUGAAUUGACCCUGCUUGGAGGCACUGCCAUCGAGGAUCGUUUGCAAGAGGGUGUCCCAGAUACUAUUGCAUUACUGGCCAAAGCGGGUAUCAAGCUAUGGGUAUUGACUGGUGAUAAGGUUGAAACCGCCAUCAACAUUGGUUUCUCCUGUAACCUUCUGGACACGGAAAUGGAUCUUUUGGUUGUGAAGACCGAAGGCGAAGAUAUCGAGACUGUUCUAGGCGAGGAGAAGAUGAGACAGCUUGGAGGUGACAAAAAGAAAAUUGUGGAGUCUCUGAUCUCGAAGUACAUGAUUGACAAGUUUGGCUUGACUGGUUCUCAACAAGAACUUGAUCAUGCUAAGAAGGAUCACGAACCACCAACCGCAAAUAUUGGCCUGGUUAUUGAUGGUGAUGCUCUGAAGUUGGCUUUGAGUCCCUCGUGUGAACAGAACUUCCUCUUACUUUGUAAGCAGUGUAAAGCUGUUCUGUGUUGCCGUGUCUCUCCAGCUCAAAAGGCUGCAGUUGUCAAAUUGGUGAAAGACACCUUGGACGUGAUGACUUUAGCCAUUGGUGAUGGAUCUAACGAUGUUGCCAUGAUCCAGGCUGCUGACGUUGGUGUUGGUAUUGCAGGUGAAGAGGGUAGACAGGCUGUGAUGUCCUCAGAUUAUGGUAUUGGACAAUUCAGAUUCUUAGCCAGAUUGAUUUUGGUACAUGGAAGAUGGUCUUACAAGAGACUAUCAGAGAUGAUUCCUUCUUUCUUCUACAAGAACGUGAUCUUCACCCUUGCGCUUUUCUGGUUUGGUAUUUACUCCAAUUUUGAUGGUUCCUACCUCUUCGAGUACACCUACCUCAUGUUCUAUAAUCUGGCAUUUACAUCGUUGCCCAUCAUCUUUAUGGGUAUCUUUGACCAGGAUGUUCCCGACUACGUUUCGUUGCUGGUUCCUCAGCUCUACCGCACCGGUAUCCUUAGAUCUGAGUGGAAUUUGCAAAAGUUCUGGUGGUACAUGAUUGAUGGUUUCUAUCAAUCCCUGAUCUCCUUCUUCUUCCCAUACUUUCUUUACUAUAAGAACGGUAUCAUCUCGUCGAGUGGUCUUACCUUGGACCACAGAUACUGGAUGGGUUGUAUUGUUGCUACAAUUGCAAUUGUUUCGUGCAACCUAUAUGUUCUUUUCCACCAAUACAGAUGGGAUUGGCUGUCCUCUUUGAUUGUUGCUCUUUCGAUUUUGGUUGUCUUUGCGUGGACAGGUGUGUGGUCUUCAUCAACCUACUCGGGUGACUUCUACAAGACCGGUGCCAGACUUUACGGUGCGACGGCAUUCUGGGCCUGUUUAUUCAUCGGUAUCCUCAUCUGUAUUAUUCCAAGAUUCUCUUUUGAUUUUUACCAGAAGAUUUACAAGCCCAAGGAUGUGGAUAUCAUUCGUGAGUGUGUCAGCCGCGGAGAUUUCAGUCAAUAUCCAUUUAACUAUGAUCCAACAGAUCCGAACCGUGUCAAGGUUUCGGCCUACACGAAGGAGCAUACGCUGGAGGCACCUGUUUCUGGCCCUUCGUCUCCAUUGAACGCUGGAGUCGCUUGGCGUGACUCUUUGAACGGGACAGGAGGAACGAGACCAUCAUUUGUGAAGAGGUUAUUCGGAAAGCAUAACUCCACCAGGUCACCCUACUCGGAUAGAGUGGGAUUCCCAUCUUCUGAUACUGUGAACACUGAAGAGAUUCCAAUGGACUUCAACAGAGGUGAUCACAUUCAUAGUCCUUCCUUGACUUUGAGAUCCCCUCCUUCUGCCGUCAUCCGUGAGGGCGCUGAGGGGGAAGACCGUCUUUCUAGUUUGCGCAAUUCCAUUCGCCACCAGAGGCAGUCUCUGGAAGCCACCAGAAGAUCUUUGGACGUAUCCAGACGUGCGUCGUUAGAUCAGUACAGAAGAGACCAGAAUGCAACUUCCUUCGAAGGAAGAACCAGUAUGGAUUUCCCAGAACUGACGACAGCUGAAUCUUUAAUCAGCAGAUUGUCAAAAUGA